UUAGGAAAGAAGAAAGGUGUGGAAAGAGAGUGUUGUCUGGCGUUUAAUCGGGAGAGAGGUGCAGCAACAGCAAGCAUGGAUGAAAUUGAAUUCCGACGCCUUCUUGCUCUCUUCCCCAUCGUCCGAUCUCGCGAUUACCAUGUGGAAUCAGAGGCAUCAAGAGAGUCAACCUCUAAGUCAACGCAGAAGGAGGUGAUAAAGGAAUGGCAAGAUGCAUGGGAUGAGGGGGAUACAAGGGAUGUUGAGAUUCAAGGAAAUAGCAAAGAUGAUGCAUUUUGGGGGAAGCUAAAGUUGGCUGCUGAGAGGAAGGUGGGGGCAGCAGAAGCAGAGAGAUUUUGCAAGGCUUUUCAAGUAAUUCAUAAAAGAGUUGUGCAUGAAGAACUGAGUUUAGAUGCUGCUAGGAACUCCAUAAACUCGUCAAAAAGCUCUGAAGAAUAGUUUCAUGCAGGCUUUCUUCGUUUUCUUCUCUCUUGAGGAGUACGUGAGAGACUUGGUUUGGAUGACACAUUGUAAUCUUAGUGUUUGGAUUUAAUUAUUGUGUAACAUUGAAUUAUGAAAUUAAUUUUUUGAUAAUUCAAACUAUAAAUAUAUAUAUAUAUAUA